UAUUUACUGAUAUAAUAUCUGUAAAUUAAAAAAUCAUUAAUGUGCCUUGAUUUUAUUGGGAGUAAAAUUAAUUGUUCUUACUAAAAUAUAAAUAAGCAAAAGCUGAGUUAAGAAGUUACUGUCCUUUGGCUGAGUAGCAGUGGUGUGUUGGGUAGAGCAAAUGAAGAGAUGAUGGGAGGAAGUGAUGAUGGAAGGUCAGAGAAGAAGUGAGGAUGGGCCUUACAGACAGUUUUCUUUUCUGUCCUUGACCUGUUGAACUUGUUUUACUAGUUCAUAUUACCUUCUAUUGCAUAGUAGGCUAAUCAAAGGAGCUCUGGGACCAUUUUUAGGCAUAUUUUUCCUCCCUUCUAAUAUUAUCUAGGCCUCUGUCUAGCUUGGAAUUCUAUGGGAAUCCAUCUGGAUUCCUUUCUAAUAUCACAGAAAGAUGCACUCUGAGGUUGAAGGAGAUGUAAGUAAUUUAUUUCUUUUUAAAUGCUGAUACAUCUAAUACCUUGCUCCUCAAAAUAUAGUCUGUGAACAAGCAGCAACUGCAGCAUGGACAUCACCUGGGAACUGGUUAGAAAUGCAGAAUCUCAGGCCCCACCCUGCUCUACUGAACCAUAAUCUGCAUUUUAACAAAAUCUCCAGUGGGAGUCACAUGCACAUUAAUGUUUGAAAGUAUUGCUCUACCAUAUUCUUAUAGGGUGUCAUCUAUUCCCAGGGUAUCAGUAAUUUCCUGGAAUGAGUUUAAUUAAGGUUGUGUAUCUCUUAAUUAAUCCAUUAUUACAUUUAAUCGCAAUAACAAACCUUGGAGAUACAUUCAUCCUUAUAUUGCAGGUGAGACAGGGAAGUAAUUUAUCUAAGAACAUACAACUAGUACAUGGUGAAGAAGUUAUACCUGAGUGUGACUGGUUUCCAAGUAUUUUUUCUUUCCCUACACUCUAUUGCUUUUUUCUUGAGCUUAAUCAUGAGUGAUUGUUUAUACAUUAGGAAAAUAAAGCUCAUUACAAAAUACAUUGUAAAGGAGAGCCCUAUUGAGUGUGUUAAAAGAAGGAGGUCUUUCAUUCAUUCAAAGAUUAUUUCAAAUAGUGUUUCACACUUAUGGUGAUAAGCAUCAUUUGUCCCUGGCUUUUGGUAUAACUUGGGAAAAUGAGCAGACUGCAUCUUGUUAUGCCCACACUUCAUCUGUCCAUCAAUUGACUUGCAUCUUGUUGCUGCUGAGGCAGGUCCCAUCUGUUCAAGCCUGUGUUGAGCCAGGUGCUAAGAGCAGUACUGAUUAUGUUAUGUUGAGGCUGUUCAUAUGCCUCCAGGCAAACUGUGGUUCAAGAGCUGUAAAACUAUUUGCCAUUUCAAUCUAUCAGAUGGCUUGGAACAAAACCAGUCCCAAUAAGGCUAUUUGAAUGCUUUAUAUUUUCCAAAAGAGUGUUGAGCUCAUGGCCACCAAUCAAAUUAUUAAGAAAUACUGUAUUUUCAGAAUAGCUCUAUUUUCCAGGGAGAAGUACAAGUGAAGAAACCCUAUAAAACACUGGAGAUGACUCUGAUCACCCUUUGUUCUUGUAAAACUCCAUUCAACUGCGAAGAUAGAGGAUUAAACCCAAAGCAACUGACAUCUGCUUUGAGGCUGGAGGAUCCUGUAUCACUUUUAGCACUGAGGUUAUAACCCAGAUGGACUUGUUUCAAGCUGGGUAAUAUCUAGCUUGGCCGAUAUUACAGGCAUUUCUUGGGGGAACUAGAUAGUGCUUUAAAAUGAGCAAGGAUUAGAAGCAUGGAGUGCGGUGUUAUGUCCCAGUAUCUUAGAGUAGAACUGGGUGUAUACAUGGGGCGGGGGGGCAUAGUUUUCAGUUGGGUAAAGGCAGGGGAAGCAGUAAUGCUUCUUGAUGGGUUUCAGGGCUGUUUUCACACUUGAAAGGGACUCUUGACUCAUGCUUUCGUAGGAUGUGUGAGUUUGUCCGUGGAGGAGACCAGCCUCACGAGGUCUCUUUCCAAUUCCUUGUGGGGCCCUGCUUUCUCUAAAGUGAUGACCUUGAGGGUCUCCAAGCCUAGGAGCUUUUAGAGCCAGAUCGGCUGCCUGGGAGCAGGGCCUGAUAGCGACGCCCUUCUCAUGCCUUCAUGGUCACCCUGUCCUUCCCUCCUGCUGUCUUUUUAUAGUAGCACAAGACUGGGACUCUGGGCCCAAGACUGAUUAACUUGGCGGCCCCACCCCUCUGUUCAGAGCCAGCCCAACUCGAAGAACUCAGUCAGCCGCCUCAAGAGUAAAGCUUUUGCGUUAAAAAAAACAACAAAGAAAGAAAAAGAAAGGACAAACCCAUUCUAAAUGUCAGUCCUAUAUCCACCGGGACUAGUGACAGCAGGUAAUAGAAGCAAUUAGCUGACCCCUGCCGGGAAGCCGGGCAAUUACCUUUUUCUCUCUUCCUCUUCGGUCCUUCUCCCGUAGAAGCUGUAGGAGUGCUUUGCUCUCUAAACAGCUACGUAUGCUGAGCUGGCACAGGAAUGAGGGAUGAACUGAGCAGGGAUUCCGUCUCCUCCUACCGCCGCGGCUGUGGCCGCUGGCGGAGCAGUGCAUUGUGGAGGCUGAGCGCACCGCAGCCGCUGGAGCUGCAGCCCGGGAUCGCGCGACGGGGAGCUGUCCGAGGUGCUGAUCGCCCCGGCCCGCAGCCGGUCCGCGCCCUGCACCGGACCCCUCCAAGUCCUGGCCUUCCUGUCUCUCUCUUUACCUAGGGGCGUAACGGCUGGAGGAAAUCAUGGUGUUCGCUCCAGGCGAGAAAACUGGAAACGAGCCUGAAGAGGUGAGGCUGCAGAAUGCCAGCAAACAGAUUGUGCAGAAUGCCAUCCUGCAGGCUGUGCGACAAGUCUCCCAGGAGAGUCGGCAGAGGGAAGAGAGAGACGGUGACAACCGGGGCAGCUUCCAGCUGGGCGUGGGGCAGUUAACCAAGAAGCAUGAAAAGAAGUAACACGGUGGAUUUGGCUCUUGUCAUAUGCUCGUCUUUCAGCCUUUCUCUUAGUAUAGGAUGCGUCGCCAACAUGUUGCCAGUAAAGCAAACCAAAAGUGCCAUUGGCACCUAGCGGCAGAAUGAAUUCAUACGAGCCCUGGCUGAGAAGCACUGUUUUGAAAAAGUGCGUUAGAUGAUUCUGUUUAUAUUAAUGCAGUGCCUCUUAAACAUUGUGGGGCCAAACCCGAUAUUGUAAUUGCAAAAGUAGUUUUGCAGCACAGUUUAUUUUUAAAGACAUAAUUUUGCCUAUUGAUUUCUGCCUUUUAUGCAUUCUUUCUGUGAAUUUAACCAAUAGUCCUUUUUGCUGUAAUAUUGAGUAAUUUCUGUGUUCAUUAUAAUUUAAAAAGACUUGCUGGAAAGGGGAAAGAUUGGAGUUUCAAUCUUCAAUGUGGAACUGAAGGUCAAAUUGAGCAAAGGCAAAUUCUAAGACUGAGUCCCUCAGGAUCUUAUGAAGAUAUAUAUAUAUAAUAAAAGGAGCAGGUAAACUUUUUAAGAUCUCAGUCUUUUGGUUUCAGUUGUUUGAUAGUUGGUGUUUACUCUCUGUGCAGAAAUCCUUUGGAAAUAUGGAUUUCUCUUCUUUUCAUUUCAAAAUUAAGACAAUUACAUCUAUAUGCAUAAGUUGUCAUUGACUCAGUUCUUUAGUAGCCCCAUGAAUAGCAACUAGAAUUGUAGAUUUCAUCCUGGACAUACACUAGGGUCUGACUCUGGGUGCAGUGCUCUUGAAAGGAUCUCUGGGGCCUAUAAAUGCGGCAUUGCCAUUAGGCUAUGCAUUUGCACUAGUUCCUUACUAAUAAGAACUUCCCUUUUCCCAUCCAUAAAUUAGAAUCAUUUUCUUGAGAUAAUGAAAAUCAUGCACAUCAGGAAUGAAUAACACGUGUGUAUAUGAAUAAAGCUCUCUAUUGCAACAGUAUGACUGCUGCUUCAUCCCCAAGUGGAUAAUUCAGAUCUUCUUGGAGUUUCAGAAUCCGAUUUCCUGGGAAAAGAGGAAGAAUUUUACCUGUGUAAAAAACCUUUUGGUUUCAGAGUAUCAAUGACUAUAUUUGGUAGUGGUUUUUUAAAAAAGCCAAGUAUUUACAUAUAAAGUAUGACUGAUAUUAAGAUAUAUUUAUAAAAUUCCAAUGUAACAUUUUCCAUAAUAGGUACUAUUGAUAGUGUACAUGAAUGACAGCAAUCUCUUAGAAGCUCUGCGAGACUGUCUCACACAAUGCACACCUGGAAUAAAUUCACAGGAGAAUGGCUGUGGGAGAAAGCAGAGGGGUUACAAUUUAAAUAAGGUUUAUUCAUAAACUUUUUUCAGCAGAACUCAUGACAAUCAAAUAAUGAGUUUAAGUUGAGCUGAAGGCAUAUCAUUGAUGUGAUAGCACUACAGUGUAGAUGGUAGGAAUGAAGGUACUAAGGAACAUUAUUUAGGAGUAUUCAUAAAUAAAGUAUAAACCCCAAUGCUUGUAGUUUGCAAGUAAUCUGGCACUAUGUCUACUAAGCCUUCUGGAUAUAACCAGCCUUGGAUCUUGCUGUCACAUGGCGGAAACACAUGAACUCGCUAUAUUCCCUCUCUGGUGUGUCUUUGCUAAUAUAGUGGGGAUCUUUGGAAACAUCUGAUUAACUUCUGUAUCUAAAUGUUACUUGUAAAUAAAAUACACCCAACUUUCAAAUA